AUGAACUACGAGCAAAGACCAGAUGAUCGCCCUAGGGUAGCUUCGUUUCUUAUUGCCGAUAUCCUGGCCCCACAAGCUGUUUCCUCUGUGCCAUUAUGCAGCCCGAGUCAGCCAACGCCAGAGAUUGCAAAUUUAAGGAUUCCCCCCACCGGAACCACAACGGAAAGCGCCUUUUCACCUAGCCAUUCCUUUGCUUCAUCCUGCCUUCAAUGCUACGGUAACAUUUAUCAUCUUUUCAGUUCUGUCUUGGUUUCCAGUAAGAAACUGUGAAAAAUUCUCUAAAAUAUUCGGUCAUUUUCUUAGUGUUGACUGAGACCUUUGCAUUGCGAAAUUACUCAGUUCUUUAUUGCCUAUAUUAUCUUAUUAUAACUUGCUAACAGUAUAUAGUGUGCUAAAUAAUUGCUUCUCAAGAAGAAAGCCUGAAUGAGUUUUCGGACCCAUACGGAAAAGUUCAAAACACGGUGUUGGCCAAGUUUAACACGAACCUUGUUUUUCUUUCCCUUUGUUUGCACUGCCCGAUUUCUCUUUUCUUUUGGCGGUUGCGGAAUUUUCUUUCAGUUAAAUGGAAUAUGAUAACGGAAGAACAACAUUUUAACUUAAACACUACCUUUCCGUGAGAUAAUGGGGUUAUAUGCCUUUGUCUGAUAUAGAGAUAUUUUACUGUAUAAUGAACACUGCUUGCAGUAGACAUUGAUUUGAACGGAAGUCAAUGUAAUUUGCCUUGUUUAACAAUUGUUACUACACUAUAAGCUUAAUCGCUGAUAUUCAAUUUCUCAGACUCUUAACUGAAAAAAUUGCUUCUGAGGUAAACUAAGUGCUCAUCUCGCUACAUUACCGCUCAGCGUUUGUUUGAAACAUGGUCGACUCGCUUUUCACAUUCUUCUUUCUUUUGUUAGAAACAAAAUCUUUCACUAAGUUUCACUCUUUGGCAAGAGAUGAAAGCCCUAAAGCCAUUUUCAGUGUUUCACGAUUUAUCUUCAUUUUCUGCGCAACUUUGAACUCUCGUUCACGGUUUUGUCCUUGAAGCGUGGCCGCCAUUUUGCAUCCAAAAAUUCACGCAAAACUAUUGUAUCGCCCUUUUUCCAACCUUGUUAAAAAAAAAAAAAGUUUCUGUUGAGCAUUUGAAGCCAAAGCACACACCGGCGGAAAAAGAGAGGCUUUGUUAGUCCUGCAAGCUUUGAUGUACUUGGUGACAAUUUUUUCGCGAUAUGUUUGGACUAGAAUUCACUAUUAGUUCCACUAGGAAAACAGAAACAGAUAAGUUAACCCCACACACGGGUACAGAUAUGAGCUGAUAACUUUGAUACCUGGUCGUGAUUGAUCAGUUAUGAUAAGGAAAUAAUGUUAAAAGCUCCAGACGUACAGCUUAGCUUGUAUACUCGCCCUGACUACUGCAAAUCGCAACAACAAUUAAGCUUUUGAUAGUGGCCAAAUUAAACAUAUCAUGAAGCCUUAUCAAUACUACACUGUAACCAAUCGCUUUCUUAAGAAUCACCACGCUUAAUAAUUUCGAAGAGACUCAUUAACAGUAACAGUACUGCUUCGUAAAUCCUAUUUAAAAGUUGAAACAACAGGGAUUUUUCCGGACCCAAUAGCCAGACCCGCGUUUAGUGCGACGGCGGCGAAAACGUAGCUUAAAAUAUGAACUUGCCGUGAUUAUUGCAACUUACCGCUUACUUUGUCAAAUGAAGGGCAACUCUCCUGGAGGUAAAUUCCUAGAAAGCAAAUCCAAAUUCAGAAAGAGAAAGACAGUUUCGUCGUUGCUUGUUUACGUCCUCCAUGAAACGUGAAAUUAGGCAUUUUCACGCCGUAGUUGUGCAGUGAAGGCAAAGAAAUGUACAAAAGUGUGCUGCACGUGCAAAAUUAUUGUUUUUGUACAAUUUGCUCAUUAAACCUAAUGCUUUUUUAUGCUUUCGUUACUGUAGCCAUCGUCGGAUUUUAGGUCCUUUUAUAAACAGAACCACAGGUAAAUACGGCUCAGUACCUUUUAUCUGAAUGGUGACCCUAAAAAAGGCUUUCCGAACAACCUUGUGCAGCUCCACAGGAUAAUCGUAUUGUUCAGUGGCUUUCAUUUGAAUGGUCACUCUGUAUAAUUUUAUCCACAGAUUCAAAGUCAGAACCAUCUUGUACUUGUACUAUUUUGGCUUGAGUACAAAGAGAGAAAUUUGUCCUGUUUUCUGGAGAAAAAGAAACUGGAGGAGAAAACGAAAAGAUGAAAAGAAUGCAGACGCUAAAAGAAAAUGAAAAAAUCACUCUUUCACUUUUGCCUCGUCAAAACGUCUUCGUAUGUGAAGUAAAUCAGUAGCUAGAGAUUGAAAUAAUAAAAAAUCAACAGAAAAUCAACAUGGCAUUCCACAUUCUUAGGAGCCUGAUAAAAAAAAAAUAAAGCACAUUAAAAUAAUGAUCUUUGAAAAAAUAAGAAGCUUGGAACCGAAGAAAAAAGCCAUCACCAACUGAAUAGUGUAUAAAGCUAAAAUGGUUGUUUUGGGAUCGAAAAUAAAAUGGAAAUUUUGUUUGGAGAUCUCAGCUUAUAUUAUAAAAAGACAUUAGGCAAAUCAUUUUUAUCCCAAAGAAAAUCACACAACGAAAAUGAAACAAGAAAACAAAACGCAAAGCAAUGUGUUCUUUUUUAAUUUAUAGUUUCUGUUCUGUUUACCGGGGCAUAGAAUUAUUAAGCCCAAGUUCCAUUUCGAUUCUAAAAGGCCUUUUUUUCUCGCAAAACUGAUCAUUAACAUAAUUCAAUGUUGUUAGUUAACUGCAUCGUUAUUACAAAGCUGUUCAUACAAUCUAAUGCUUUUAUGACAUAUUUUAAUUUGUCCCACAUAUUCACCUCUCUCUUUUCGACGGUUUUACUUUGAAGUUGCCUCUACGUGUCAUUCAGCCUUCAUUUAAUUCAUCAGGCACUCAUUUCAGCUAUAUUUCGUUUUCAUCAACCUCGAAACUUUCAUUAAGAAACAAGUUAUGGUUAACUUUUUUAACACUGAUCACUUUUCGCUCUACCAAAUUUGACGUUCAUUAAGUUUAUCGUCGUUCAUUAAGAUCCUCUUAUCAAGGGAAAAAAGAUAGAAUUUUAUUUUAAAAUCAUAGUUGUAUCAUCUUUAACUUCAAUGUAUUCCGUUUGCUAAGGAGAGUGGUGUUUCAAACCUGAGAUAACUUAUUCUUUUCUAAAUUGUUUUUAAAUCAGUCUACUUCUUUCAGCCGGGUCUCCAUUGUUAAACCGUAUUGUUUGAUGUUUUGUUUUAACAGGCUAAAAACAUAAAUGGCUAUAAAUCUGCCUUAAACUCUAAAAAGCUCAAAUAUUGGACUUCAAAGCAAAGACUUUUAAAACUUUACCAUUACAAGCUGUGCAAAGAUUUAAAUGAUUAUUAUGCCGCGAAUGAGGUAGCAAUUAACUGACUUGUCACGAUCGGUGAAAACAUCUUUUUUUGAGAAAGAGAAAAUUUAAAUACUUUCUUUUAGAAUAUUGCAUAGCCAGGAGCACCAUAAGAAACGAAUACUCAGUGUGACAUUCAUUUCGACUGUCCACACUUUAAGAGAGGUUUCGAUUCAUGUACGGACUCAAAGUUAGAAACUUCACACAAUUUCAUCCACAGACUUAAAAGUUAGAAUCACCUUUACAGCUUAAACAGUACCACAGGAAAGUACUGCUCAGUAGCUUUCAUUUUUCCUACAAAAAGAAAGCCCCAAAAUGCCUUUUUUUCCUUAUGAAUUUAUCUUAACACUAAAAACCAUUGCACGUCCGAUGACAGGGUAAACGUUUAGAGUGAAAGGAAAAACUUUCAGCUGUGCUCAAGUGUCAUGUGGCUGUCAAAUGUCUGAUUGAUUACUCUGGUUUGAAAAGUUUUCGGUGGCGUAUGACUUUCCUCGGUAGUUAAAAAAAAUAUCUGGUCAAAGACUCCGAGUGAAAGGUACUCUUGCCAGGGAAAAGGAACCCAACGAAUUCAUUGACGGACUGUUCAAGGUUGAUUAUCACUCAAAAUAACGUUUUGCAGCUCACUUAAAUUUGCACAGACCGAAUAUUUGCAAGUCAGCUCAAUUUUUUUUGUCUUGAGACUUUUUUGAUAACACUUUUCUUUUACUAAAAUCACAAUUGCACUAGAAACGCUGAACAUGGACCCGCUAAAAUAAGUUGGUAAGGACAGGAAAAGACCCCGAAUGUGUUGUGCUAAAUGCUGAAAUAUAAUGUUUGCUUUUUCAGGAUCACGCUGUCACGUUUCCAGACAUCCCUGCUUUUGGAAUGCCCCAUACACGUGUUACACAGGGUCACGUGGAUACAGUUGCCACGGCAACCCACCUUUUCUUGGAGUGCAAGGUAAAUGUUUUACUGUUGAGGAAACAUUUUUUCAAAGGCUCAAAAGUUAGUAAAAUAAAGUAAAAAAAAAUUAUUAAGCGUCCGAAUAUUUUAGCUAAAACAAAUUUAAUUGUCAUAGGGUGAGUGUCGGACCAAAACAAAAACAAAAAUUAUUUUUGUAAAAUAUUGAAAAAAAGUUGCAUCAUGUGAAAGUGCUACUAAAUUGUUUUCAUCUCAAUGGUUACAUCAAAGAAAUUUAUCAAAACACUACAGGUCAGUUACACUUGACGUCACGGCGGCCAUGUUGGUACAGUACCAAAAAAAUCCUGCGGGGAAUGAACUCUUGUCUAUGAAAAAAAUUUCUUUUGUUCCAAGAAAUUUGCAUGGCUGCUGACCACGUGAUUGAAAAUGGCCUAUUAAACGAUACCACAGGAAAUUACUGCUCAGAUUUCGUUCACAAACUCAAAAGUUAUAUUUUUAUCGAACUUUCUUAUCAUUCAAUUUUGGAAGCAAAAAAAAGGUUACAAAAAAGAAGGACCAGACCCCUCCUAAUGAAGAACCUAAUCAGCUAUAUUAAAGUUGAAAGAAACUAGAGCAGUACAGUUGUGUUCUUUUCGCAGAUUGUGGAAGCAAUCACCCAUCAUCAUCUUCAGAACAGCUUACCCAGUCUAUUCACGGACAAACGAGACCGCGCAGACCAAGGAGACCCUGGACACGAGCAGUAUUUUCAAACUUACAGCGCAAGGGACUAGAGAAGCGUUUUCAGGUGCAGAAAUACUUGACCAAAGCAGACAGGCAUCAGCUAGCCUCCAUGUUAGGAUUGUCUGAUAAUCAAGUCAAAGUGUGGUUUCAGAACAGACGGAUGAAAUGGAGACAAGAAGCGCGGGAAUCAGUGACAAGUACUAACACGGAGGCUGAAGACGAGAAAAGCUGA